AUGUGGGGGGGUGGUGGGGGGGGGGGGGGGGUGUUGGGUGGGUGUGGGAUUGAAUAUGUAGGGAUGGAUGUGGUAGAUUUGGGGUGGUGUGGUGGGGUUAAGUGGAUGUGUUGGAUGAUUGGUGGGGGGUGGUGGGGGAGGGGGGGGAUUUGGAUUGUAUGGGUAUUUUGGGUGGGGGGUUUUGUUGGGGUAGAGGGGUGGGGUUGGGUUGUAAGGUGGGGGAUGGGAAGGUUGGUGGGUUUUAAGGAUGGGGGUUGGGUAAAGUGGAUGAGAGUAGGGGGUAUGAUGGGGUGGGUUGGGGGGGGGGAGGGGGUUUAG